CUCCCUUUGCUGACAGUUGAAAGCGGAAGCAGUUCGAACGUCAUAUGACAGCAGCUUUCAACCACUGAUCUUGUCUCUCUCUUUUUCCGGCAUCGUGUAUGCUAGCUGGACACAUUUUGUUUGAGCCUUACUGAACAUGGCUGAUACUGCCACCGCCGCCGCUAAGAAGCCGGCCAAGAAGGUCGCCCCAAAGAAGGCCGCAGCGAAGGCUGAGGCGGGAGCGAAGGCUGACGCCGCAAAGGCCGCCCCGAAGGGAGACCGCAAAUCCCGUCAAACCCCGGAAGCUAUCCGCGCUCGUGUCAAGCGCGCCAAGGAACAGCGUACCCCGAAACCUUCCCUGCCGCGCCCGAAGAAGAGCUACGGACGGCUGUGGGCCAAGGCUGUGUUUACCGGUUACAAGCGUGGACAGCGCAACCAGCACGAGGGUCAUGCGCUGCUGAAGAUCGAAGGUUGCCGCAACCGCAAGAACGUCCUGUUCUACGUUGGCAAGCGGUGCGUGUAUGUGUACCGUGGCAAGACCAAGCGUAACCAUCCGGGUAGCAACAAGAAGUCUACCAUCCGCGCCAUCUGGGGCAAGAUUACCCGUUCGCACGGUAACAGCGGCAGUGUUCGCGCACGGUUCCGCACCAACCUGCCCGGACACGCCAUGGGCCAUUGCAUUAGAAUUAUGCUUUACCCGUCGCGUAUCUAAGCGCAGUGAGUCGUGUGUACAUUUAAUAAUGGAAUCCCCCACAAUAAAAGAGCGUGUGACGAAGUGAACCUCCCUGGAAGGAUA